GUUUUGAUAAGCAAACAAAAUGAAUGACAAUCUAAAGAUAUUUGCGAUUUUGUUUGUCAUUUAUCUGACUAAAUUUUUAUGUCUGGAUUGGAAUGGUAUGCAAAACUAUACGACCGAUUAUUGUGGUCUGCGAUAUGUUUUCUCACGAAUGCAUAUAACAUAUCAACAAAAGUGUUUUAAGUCUCCAUUGAAUAACAAGAAUCUACACAUUCGUGUAAAACGUAAUGAAUUUGUUGGUAAUUCAGUCAACAAAUUAAAUAAUCGUAUAUUCAGAGGACGUAAGGUUGAGCUACAGGAAUCUCCGUGGACUGUACUCAUCAAAUAUAGCUAUAAAAAAUUUGUGUCCUUUUGUACCGGUGUUUUGGUGCACAAGAAAUGGGUGCUUACGGCCGCCCAUUGCAACUAUAAUAAUAAAACCCUCAAAGACGAUACAAAACUAAUCUAUGUAUAUUCACACGAUAAUAUGCACCGGGAGUUUGGUAAAAGUGUGACCAACUAUGUUAGAAAAGUAUACCGACACCCCGACUAUAGGAAAGGCAUAACACCCAAUGAUAUAGCACUGUAUGAACUCUAUACAACCAUUGAGAUGAGACCACAGAAGCAUAGUCUUCACUAUGCGGUAAAUAUGGUAUGUUUGCCACCGUUUGGCAAUGAAAACAGUUUGUAUACAACUGAGAGACAGUUGGCCACAAUGUUUGGUUGGGGACCGCUAUUGUUAUUUAAGAAGAAUAAGACAAAGAAAUACGAAUUAUUGCCAAAAGUAUUACUAAAAGGACAGUUUGUUUUGGAGCCUUUCCCUAAAUUCGGUUGUAAUCAUAUGUAUUGUUCGCCGAGAUAUGACUGGAUUAACGUAACUAUGGCCAGAGGGUGUCAGGGUGAUUCCGGUGCCGGUUUAGUCCAGUAUACAAAUGAUAGGAGAGAUAGAGCUAUACUUAUAGGCAUACAGUCGUCGAUAUAUCAUAGAGUAGACAACGAGUUGUGCGAUGCAAGUGUUUAUGCAAACUAUUGGUCACCCAUUGCACCGCAUGUUAAUUGGAUAUACAAUACUAUUAUCAAUAAUAGCCAACCGUCCGAUUUAGUUGACGAGUUGGACUAUAGGCCUAAAUCUAACUUUACUGAUCUACACUUUACCGAUGAUUACAAUGAUAACGAUGUUGUCGUAUAG